AUGUCUAUCCCUAUUCAUAUUUCUCCACCACCCCAACCUAUUUCCACCAAUACCCAUCCAAUGGUUACAAGAUCCAAAACUGGGUCUCUUAAACCACGAGCUCUCUCCACCAAACAUCCCCUUCUUUGUGCUUUGUCCAUCACCACCCAAAUACCAACUCCCACUACUUUCAAACAAGCCUCUAAAAUCCCUCAAUGGCAGCAGGCAAUGCGUGAGGAAUUCAAUGCUCUCCAACAAAACCAAACUUGGACCCUUGUCCCCUUUCAUCCUUCUCAAAACCUCAUUGGAUGCAAGUGGGUCUAUCGUGUGAAAUACAAAUCUGAUGGCUCUCUUGACAGGUUUAAAGCAAGACUUGUGGCUAAAGGUUUCCACCAACAAGAAGGUUUAGAUUACAAUGAAACAUUUAGUCCCGUUGCUAAGCCUACCACCAUCCGGCUCAUUCUUUCUCUGGCUGUCCAAAAUGACUGGUCGGUUACACAACUGGAUGUCUCCAAUGCCUUUCUUCAUGGCCACCUUCAAGAGGAUAUUUUCAUGGUGCAGCCCCCUGGCUUUCUUGAUUCCUCCAAGCCUCAGCAUGUUUGCAAACUGAAGAGAUCUCUCUAUGGGUUGAAACAAGCUCCUAGAGCUUGGUAUGAGGAGUUGUUUCACUCUCUUCUCUCUCUAGGGUUCAGUGCCUCAACUGCUGACACCUCUCUAUUCAUCAAGGCAGACACCUCUAUCACCUUUGUCCUUGUCUAUGUAGAUGACAUCCUUAUUACAGGUAGCUCCCCUUCAUUCUGCAACUCUCUCAUUUCCCAACUUGGUCUUCAAUUCUCUAUGAAAAACCUUGGCUCCUUGCAUUACUUUCUUGACAUUCAGUUUCACCGCACCCCCACCUCUCUUUUCCUUUCCCAAUCCAAAUAUACACUUGACCUUCUUACCCGUGCCUCUAUGGUUGAUUGCAAGCCUUGCUCAUCUCCAGCCUCUCUUACCAAACUUGACAUUGAAUCUGGUAUGUUGCUACCUGACCCUACCCUCUAUAGAUCACUAGUUGGUGCACUUCAGUACAUUACUUGGACUAGACCCGACAUUGCAUUUGCCGUUAAUCAAGUGUGUCAACACAUGCAUACGCCUAGAACUCCCCACCUCAUUGCUGUUAAGAGAAUUUUGCGGUAUCUCAAGGGUACUCUUGAUCACGGCCUCACCUUCACUAAAGGCUCUUCUCACAUCACUGCCUACUCCGAUGCUGAUUGGGCUGGUUGUCCAAUUGAUCAUCGUUCUACGACUGGCUUUUGCAUUUUCUUUGGCAAUAACCUUGUCUCUUGGAGUGCAAAGAAACAAAAUUCAGUUUCUCGCUCAUCCACAGAAUCUGAAUAUCGCUCACUAGCCCACACUGCUGCUGAAAUCUCUUGGCUAUGCUCUCUCCUCAAAGAUCUCCAUUUCUUCUUACCUCAAGCCCCUCUCAUUCUCUGUGAUAAUACGAGUGCUUUAGCCCUUGCUGCUAACCCCAUUUUUCAUGCACGCACCAAACAUGUGGAGGUCGAUUACCAUUUCAUUCGAGAACUGGUGGUCAAUGGCCUUAUUCAAAUUUCUCAUAUUUCCUCCCCACAACAGUUAGCAGAUAUCUUUACCAAGCCUCUUCCCAAAACACAGUUUCGUCAUCUCUGUUCCAAGCUAAUUGUUGCACCAUCCAACAUUAGCUUGAGGGGGGCUAAUAACCAUACACAGCUGUCCAUCACAACCAUUGAUGCAGCACCACAAAGCACCAUUCAAAAUGAAGCCUCAAGAUUGAAUCGUACAUGCCAGCAUGCACCAGCUAGCAAAGACCAAAUAUGA